AUGGAAAAGGCUUUUGAUAGGAUCGAGUGGAAUUUCCUUACCGAAGUACUUCGACGCUUCGGAUUCACCGACGAGUUCAUUGACCUAGUCGAUGCAUGCAUUAGGGAGAACCAUUUCUCCCUAUUGGUGAACAGCACUUCCACACCUUUCUUCACAGCCACGAGAGGGUUACGACAGGGGGAUCCCUUAUCACCCACUCUCUUCAUAUUAGUUGAAGAAGCCCUUAGUCGAACCCUCUCCCGAGCGGUGACACGUGGGCUUAUUCAACCAUACCAUUCGAAGAGGGGUUGCCCGAUCAUAUCGCAUUCUUUGUUUGCGGAUGAUGCGAUACUUUUCCUUAAUGGGUGUGAAACAUCCAUCAAGGGACUCAUGACUAUCAUCUCCAGCUACGAGCGGGCCGCAGGUCAACUCGUCAAUGCCUCGAAGAGUAGCUUUAUAGUUGCAUCUUCUGCCACCAUUAGCACCAUACGACGCAUACAGAACCUAACAGGGUUCUCGUGUGGUCAUCUACCCUUUGAUUACCUUGGAUGUCCUAUCUUCCUCGGACGCACUCGAGUUCAUUACUUUGAUUCCCUUUUGUGCAAGUUGAGGAAGAAACUUGACGGAUGGAAGCUUCAGCUUCUAUCUUCAAGAGGUCGCAUCCAACUGAUACGUCAUGUCCUCAUGAGUAUGCCCUUGCACCUACUUGCGGUACAUGGGGUACCGGACACCGUCUUACGAUUUGUGAGGCGGAUUUGUACCUCCUUCUUAUGGGAUGGUCAACUCGACGGGCCUCAUCGUCAACGUCGAGUUUCUUGGAAAAAGGCAUGUCGACCGAUGGACAAGGGUGGCCUAGGGAUUAAACGCCCUGAGGAUAUCCUCGAUAUGCUUCAAAAGAAACUCGUAUGGCGGAUGAGGACGACGAGAUCACCCCUAGGGACCUUUGUACUAGCCAAAUACGGGAAUUGGGCUAGCCAACUUACCGACAUAAAAGGAGGAAAGCGAUGGGCAGAUUGGCAAAGACAUUGGUUGCAGAUGAGGCCUUUAAUCCGAUGGCGAGUGGGACGAGGCACUAUCAGUGCUUGGUAUGACACUUGGUAUGCGGAUACUCCAUUGGCCUCUUUUACCUCCUUUAGGCCAUCUUGGCCUCGUCUCACGGUGGCUCAGCUUCUUGAUGGAGAUACUAGUGUAUUCCUCGAGAGGCACGGACUCUCAUUAGAUUUACUACCAGAGAUCUCAUUAAUAGAGUUGGACCCUAGUGAUGAUCAUCCGAUCUGGACUCUUACCUUAGAUGGAUGUUUUUCUUGUAGCUCUUCUUGGAAUCACUUUAGACAUCGUUCCGCAAAACAGUUUUGGGGAGAUCUCAUUUGGCACACUGCUAUCGUACCUCGAGUCUCUUUCUUUAUGUGGAAAUUGAUGCACCGUGGACUUCCUACAGAUGAUCGUAUGUCUAUCACAGGACAUAACAUCUGCUCUAAAUGUCAUUGUUGUCCCAUCACUCCAAGUAGUGAAACUAUGGGCCACUUAUUUUUUCAUGGUGUUAGAAACUCAUUUGGAGGAUGAAGACCACACCAUCGGUGCUAGGUACUUUUGUGUCAGCCAAAUAUGGUGAGUGGGCUCGACAGCCGGCUGACAUCAAAGGAGUCAAACGAUGGGCAGACUGGCAGCGACAUUGGUUGGAGAUGGUGCCUCUUAUUCGUUGGCGAGUGGGGCGAGACGAGAUCAGUGCCUGGUACGACACUUGGCUAGAGGACACACCAUUGGCCUGUUUUACCACUUUCACAUCUUCUUGGCCUCGCUUGACGGUAGCCCAGCUUCUCCAAGGAGACACUCGUCUACUUAUUGAGAGGCAUGGACUACCGUCGGACUUGUUACCAGCCAUCACCAUGACUGAGAUGAGUUUUACUGAGGACCAACCCAUCUGGACACUUACCAUAGAUGGCAGUUUCUCUUGUAGCUCCUCUUGGGAGCACUUUAGAAACCGCUCCCUAAAGACAUUUUAG